AUGGAGUCAUGGAAAAAGGGUUCUGAUUGUUGUUCCUGGGAUGGGGUCGAGUGUGACAGAGAGACAGGUCAAGUAAUUGGACUCGACCUCAGCUGUAGCUGGCUUCAAGGCGCCAUCCAUCCUAAUAGCAGUCUCUUCCUCUCCUUUCCCCAGCUCCAAAAGCUCAACCUCGCUUACAAUAACUUUUUCAUGUCUCGCAUCUCACCUGAAUUCACUCGGUUCACCAAAUUGACACACCUCAAUCUCUCUAGGUGUGGUUUUUCGGGCAAAGUCCCACCUGGAGUCUCCUUCCUAAACAAACUGAUGUCGCUCGAUCUCUCUUACAAUUUUGAUUUGAGAUUGGAAGAAGGCGGGUUCGAGUUACUCAUUCAAAAUUUAUCCAAGUUAAGAGAUCUUGAUCUUAGCGUGGUAAACAUGUCUUCUUCGGUGGUUCCAAAUUCCUUGCUCAAUUUGACUUUUUUAAGAACCGUUGGUCUCGGAGAGUCUGGUUUACAUGGAGAAUUUCCUAGCGGAGUAUUCCUCUUACCACAUCUACAGAACUUGGUAAUAAUUUUUGAGGAGGGUCUCACGGGUCAUAUACCCGAUUUCAUCAAUUCAACCUAUACGGUCCAGAACUUAAUUCUCAUAGCCCAGGGAAUUUCUGGAGUAUUGCCGGACUCAAUUGCUAAUCUGAAGUCCUUGAAGCAAUUGGUCAUCCGUUAUUCUAAAUUCCACGGAUCCAUUCCUACUUCUCUCUGGAACCUUCCACAAAUCACUUAUGUGGACCUCUCAUACAACAAUUUCAGUGGUAUCCUCCCGUCAUUGAUUUCAAACCUUACACAAAUCACUUCUUUGGACCUCUCAUACAACAAUUUCCAUGGUAUCCUCCCAUCUUCAAUUUCAAACAUUACACAAAUCACUUAUUUGGACCUCUCAUCCAACAAUUUCAGUGGUUCCCUUCCAUCUUCAAUUUCAAACCUUGGAAAUCUCAGGACCUUAAGACUUUUGGAUAAUAAUUUCACAGGUCGCUUCUUGUCAUGGGAUGUAAACUUGCCAAAACUUGAGGUCUUGGAUGUGUCAAACAAUAGUCUCACUGGUCCUCUUCCUUCACAAGUAGUUGUACCUCCAAAUCUAACCGAUUUGACCAUAGGCCGAAACUUGAUAAACGGUACAAUCCCAUCUUGGGUCUUCGAAUUACCCGCACUCAAGUACUUAGAUCUCAGUUAUAACAAACUGAUUGGUCAUACACUUGAGUUUCAAUCCUCUUCCUUGGAGAUUAUUGAUUUGAGUCAUAAUGACCUAAAUGGUACUAUUCCAAAUUCAACCUUUGAACUCCGAAAGCUUACCCACCUUAUUGUUUCUUCAAAUAGCUUUUCUGGCACUAUUCCUAGAUCAAAUAGAUUCAGUGAAUAUCUCAAUGUAAUCGAUUUAAAGAUGAAUAACUUCUCUGGCACCAUCCAUGAUUCAUUUACCAGGAGAAAUUUCUUGACAACUAUCAAUCUUUAUGGCAAUGGAUUUGAAGGGCCAAUAACGAAGUCUCUGAUUAACUGUAGAUACCUGGAAGUGCUAGAUCUCGGAAGAAACAAGUUCUUUGAUGAAUUUCCGCAUUGGUUGGGAAAUUUACCGAACUUGCAUGUCCUAAUCUUGCAAUCCAACAAAUUUCAUGGGUCGAUCGUGACUUCCACGACCAAAUUUCCCUUCCCCAUGUUGCGAGUACUUAAUAUGGCGAACAAUAAUUUCACUGGUCCAUUGCCCAUAAAGUACUUCAAAAGUUUUAAAGCAAUGAUGAACGUGGAUGAGCAUUUUGAUUUGGAGUACAUGAGAACUGGUGGUAUUUAUUAUGAUUCUCUGACAAUAGUAAUCAAAGGAUCGACCAUUGAAAUGAAAAAAAUCCUUAAAGUUUUCACAGCCAUUGACUUAUCAAGGAACAAGUUUCAGGGUGAGAUUCCUGAGAUCAUCGGUGGGCUAAAUUCGAUUCGAGGACUCAACUUGUCACACAACAGCCUCACGGGUCAUAUACCAAAGUCACUUGGUAAUUUGACGAAGCUUGAAUGGAUAGACCUCUCAUCAAACAAGCUCAAUGGGGAGAUCCCUCGGCAACUCGUGAAUUUAACCUUUCUCGGAACGCUUAAUCUUUCGCAGAAUCGCCUAGUGGGGCCUAUACCUCGAGGCAAACAAUUCGAUACAUUUUCGAAUGAUUCUUACAUCAACAACUCGGCGUUAUGCGGACCUCCAUUGUCGAAUGCAUGUGGCGAUCCUAAGGCAACACAGCCACCACCAUCGACAUUCGAAGAAGAAGAUUCAGAGCCCGUGAGUGGAUUUGGUUGGGAAGUCAUAUUGCCCGGGUAUGGAUUUGGACUGGUAGUUGGACUUGUCAUGGGAUAUCUUAUGUUCUCCUUCGGUAAACCUCAAUGGCUUGUGAAGAUGGUUGAAGGUGUAGGAAACAGAAACGAAAAGAGGCUGAAAAGCAAUGCUCGGAGACGUGGAGGCAGGAGAAAUUAG